AUGAUGUUGUCAGUAUUGUUAAAACACCUUGAUCAUCAUCGUGUAAUCCUCGCCUCACAAAGCCCUCGUCGGUUUGAACUUCUUCGUGAUUGUGGUCUCUGCUUUGAAGUAAUUCCAUCGUCUUUUGAGGAAAAUCUACCAAAGGAACAAUUUCCAACACCUGAUCGUUACGUGCUUGAAAAUGCCAAGCAAAAGGCACUUGAUGUCCUGAAUCGUGUCUCCCAUGAAAAACAAGCGCAUUCCAAGCUUUCUACAAUUGUCAUUGGAUGUGAUACGGUUGUCGUGCUGGAUGGAAUCAUCCUGGAAAAACCAGAGGAUGAAGAGGACGCGUUUAACAUAGGGGGGAUGAACAACCCGCACUUGUUUUAUGAAAAGACAAGUCUGCUCUUUGGCCACUUGGAACCCGAAGAUAUUCGCGCUUACAUUGCAACGGGAGAACCGAUGGAUAAAGCAGGAGCUUACGGGCUUCAGGGUCAAGCACGUUGUUUCGUGAAGGAGAUUCACGGCUGUAGCAACAACGUUAUCGGCUUCCCAGUUCAGAGGUUUUGUCAGGAACUUAAGUACCUUGCGUCUCGCAACGAGAUGUAG